CAACAUCGUCAUCACCCAACAGAACAUUAAUCAUCCUACUCCCACAGAUAAUACUUCUACAUACACUCUACUCUUCUCUUACUUCCAAAGAACACAUGCAAGGAGGUGUUGUGGCUAGCACAUUCCUCCCCGUUUGGCCGACGACUGCCGCCUGUUGUUCUCCUAGGCAAUCAUACACCCACACUGAAACUGGACGGAAUAACACUGUAAAACUUGAGGGACGACUGAGACCAAUGCGUGAGGAUUAUAUGACCAAAGAUGUGAUAGGAAAGUUUUCAAUGUAA